AACAGCCCCCCGGGGACUUGGAGGUGAGAAGAGACAUUCGUUCUGAAAUACUCCUCCUCGCCAGGGAUAAAAAUAAGUUCGUUAACGGCCUAGGAUUGCCGGUUCUUCCGGGGUGUGGUGCGCAAAACGCCAUACAACUGCCCUGGGCCGUCGCAUGUAUCAUGUGACGGGCGAAUCAGUUGAAUAGCGAACAUCGACGUUGCGCGAGUCAUCCUGUAUAAUGGCUACGCGGAAACUCAUCCUCACGGCCGGGGCGAGUGCCAUCGGUGCCGGUGUUAUCACAUCUCAUUACUUCCUCACGGACUCAAAUACGGUGUUCGCUGAGCAAAAGGUGUCCAGACCUCCCAAGAGGCCUUUACCGUCAAGAGAGUCUCAGGUCAAGUCUCUAAAGUCCGAGAAUUACGACGUUCUCAUAAUCGGCGGAGGUGCGACUGGAGCAGGAUGUGCCUUAGACGCUGCAACCCGUGGUUUGAAAACCGCUCUCAUUGAGGGGGACGACUUCGCCUCUGGCACAUCAUCCAGGAGCACCAAACUGAUACAUGGAGGUGUUCGCUAUCUGCAGAAGGCCAUCAUGCAACUGGAUUUUGAACAGUAUAGGAUGGUCAAGGAGGCUCUACACGAACGUGCUUCCAUGCUCCACAGCGCCCCUCAUCUCGCCCACCCUCUACCUAUCAUGCUGCCCGUCUACACGUGGUGGCAGAUACCUUACUACUGGUUCGGUAUUAAGAUGUAUGAUAUUGUGGCGGGUAGCAAAACAGUCAAGUCCUCGUAUUAUCUAAGCAAGUCCAAUGCUCUGGAGUUAUUCCCCAUGCUAAAGGGGGACAAGUUGACGGGAGCUAUCGUCUACUACGAUGGUCAGCAAGACGACGCUAGAAUGAACCUGGCAAUUGCAUUGACCGCAGCGAGGCAUGGAGCUACAGUUGCUAACCACGUCAGCGUUGUAAAUCUACUCAAAGGACUCGACAUUGAUGGGAAAAGAGUUCUGGUCGGCGCACGUCUUAAAGACGAGUUGACGGGUGAAGAGUGGGACGUCAAGGCUAAAGCGAUAAUAAAUGCAACCGGUCCAUUCACAGACCACAUACGAAAGAUGGAUGAUCAAACUGUGAAAGAGAUCUGCUGUCCUUCGUCAGGAGUUCACAUUGUCCUUCCGGGUUACUAUAGUCCCGAUCAGAUGGGUCUCCUGGAUCCAGCCACCAGCGAUGGUCGUGUAAUCUUCUUCCUGCCAUGGCAGAAACAGACAAUCGCUGGCACAACCGACCUGCCGUGCGAUGUCACCCACAACCCGCGGCCCACAGAGGAUGAAAUCAUGUUCAUCCUUCAGGAAGUGAAAAAUUAUCUAAAUCCGGACGUUGAAGUACGACGAGGUGAUGUGCUCUCCGCAUGGAGCGGUAUCCGGCCCCUUGUUUCUGACCCCAACAAGCCCAACACUCAAUCUCUCGCGAGAAAUCACAUCGUUCAUGUCAGUCCUACAAAUCUCGUAACCAUUGCUGGCGGAAAGUGGACUACAUAUCGCGCCAUGGCUACGGAGGCAGUCGACGCGGCUGUUAAAGCGUGCAAUCUGAAACCUGCGAGUGGUUGCCAGACAGACGGCAUGCAGUUGGAGGGAGCCCAUGGCUUUACACCAACGAUGUACAUCAGACUUGUGCAGGAUUUCGGUUUGGAGUGCGAAGUAGCCCAGCAUUUAGCGCAGAGCUAUGGCGACCGAGCAUUUGCAGUGGCAAAGAUGGCGGCUCUAACUGGAAAGCGGUGGCCAAUCAUUGGCAAGAAAAUACAUCCAGAGUUCCCAUAUAUUGAUGCCGAGAUCCGAUAUGGAGUGCGUGAGUACGCGAGGACAGCAAUUGACAUGAUCGCACGAAGGCUCAGGCUUGCCUUCUUGAACGUGCAGGCUGCGCAAGAAGCUCUGCCUGGCAUCAUUGAUAUUAUGGCAGAGGAGCUCAACUGGUCGGCGGAGGAGAAGCAGCGGCAGCAUCGCGAGGCCAGCGAGUUUCUCGCCAACGAGAUGGGACAAAUGGUGAAUCGCGCAUCCCGAGACAAGAUUCCUAUCAAUCUUACCAAGGAAGAGAUUCAGCUGUAUAUCAAACGUUUCCAGAUUAUUGACAAGGACCGUAAAGGAUACGUCUCCAUUAACGAUAUUAGGCGUGGGUUGAAGCUGUUUGGUGACAAGGAAGUACCUGGUGAGGAACUUCAUGAAAUCUUACGUGAAAUCGACACUAACAUGAACGGUCAAGUCGAACUGGACGAAUAUCUACAGAUGAUGUCGGCCAUCAAGUCCGGUCACGUGGCUUAUUCUCGAUUCGCAAGGAUGGCAGAAAUGGAAGAAGCUCAGCAUGAGAAAGACAUACUUAAAAAACAAAUAAGCGUCGAACGAUCUGGUGGUGGCUUAUAGAAGGGGAACCUUGACAAGACUGUGUCGAGAUCGUGUUCUAAUUGUUAUUUAUUGUACCUAUGAUAAGUACACCCUAUGAUCUAUACCAUUUUAUGCUUUCCCACCCCUUCACGUCCCUAUAGGUCGUAUACAAUACUCAAGCACAUCCGCGAUUCGGGAGAUGCAACUUCACGAUGUAGUACGUACUUCAACUCUCCUAAUGAGCUGAAUAUUAAUUGAGGAAUGAACAAAGGGAAUAAGAUGAGUUGAUAACUUGAAAAAAUUUGCUUAUCAAAGAUGAAAACUAUAAAAAUAUUUAAUUUAUUUCAAAA